AUGAAUCCUUUCGGCAACUCAGGCGGCGACGACGACUUCUUCAGCGGCAUGGGCGGCCCCUUUGGCGGUCCAAUGGGUGGCAUGGGCGGUGGCCCCUUCGGCAGUAUGGGAGGCAUAAUGGGAGGUGGCCCCCCUCCUAUGAUGGGCCGUGGCGGCGGUGGUGGUCCUAUGGGCGGCGGAAACCCGCGUCAAGGCGGAUAUUCCUUCUCUUCGACUUUCGAUUCUUCACGUCCAGAAGGCCAACAAUACCAAGAACACCACGCGCCCUUUGGCGACUACGCUGGCAGCCGUGGUGGUAGUGGUGGCGGACCUAUGAGCGGCAUGAGCGGCAUGAGCGGCAUGGGCGGUGGCGGUGGUGGUCAAGAACACGCUCCCCGUGGUAGUAGUGGCCGCGGCAUCAUGUUCUCCGGUCUCUCACACGCAGACAACCCGUUCAGACAAUCACGCAAUCCUGGCGCGAGCCGCACCCAAGAACAACCUAGCUACGGCCAACAGCGCUACAUGGACGAUCGGGAUUACACCCGCGGCGGUGCUCAAGAUCCGCGGUAUGGAGCUGGAUACGAAGACCCGCGUGCUGGUGGACAGUAUGGUUAUGGUGGAGGUCCACGCCGUAUGUUUGACUAUGGUGGUCGUCAACAACCUUCUGGUCGGCAGGGCUACUACGAAGAUGAAGAGGAUUCAGAGGAUGAAGAGUAUAGGCCGCAGCAGCGUUAUGUUCCUCAGCAUGCUUAUGGUAGCGGAGGCGGUGGUGGUAGUUCGCGGCGUGCUGGCGGUGGAGGAGGAGGUGGUGGUGGACGCCAGUUUUUCAACUUUGAUCGUAAUGGGAGGAGGAAUAACUAA